AUUCAUGUCUUCCAUAUCCACAUGAAUUUGUGUUGCAUGCGCAGCUGUGCUGACACUUUGUGGAUGUUACCUAAAGUUUGCGGACGUUCCCUAACUGACUGUUGAACUUUGAAGAAGCCGAGGCGUCGGAUCCGUGACCGCAGUCGUCCCACGUCACGCUGAGUGGUUUUCGCGCUCGAGCUCGCUCGGGGAUUCAUUCUGGUGUUUGUGUGGCAGCUGUUCUUCUUCCUGUUCGAAAAAUGAGAGCCAGCGACCCGGAUUUCGAUCCAGAACCUGAUUCAGCUGAACACGUGACCGCGCCGUGUUCGUCACAGGUUGUUGUUCCAGGUGUGAACCUGCACAGGUGACUCGAUCCCGCACGGCCACAGAAAGACUUUCCACCCCAACGACCAGGCAGCAGUGCGCCAGCUCCAAACAAAUGUCUUUUUUAAUGAAGAAGAAGAAAUUCAAGUUUCAGGUGCACUUCACGCUGGAGGAGCUGACGGCGGUUCCGUUUGUCAACGGGGUGAUUUUCUGCAAAAUCCGGUUGAUUGACGGCGGAGACUUUUCCAUCCUGUCAUCCAGGAAGGAGGUGCAGCAGAACUGUGUCCGAUGGGGGAAGAGGUUCUCCUUCAUCUGUAAAAUGAGCGCUAAUCCGGUCACUGGAGUUCUGGAUCCCUGUAUCUGUAGGGUGUCUGUACGCAAGGAGCUGAAAGGAGGAAAAACCUUCUCAAAGAUAGGCUUUGCUGACCUCAACAUUGCAGAGUUUGCUGGUUCAGGUUCCACGGUUCGCUGCUGCAUCCUUGAAGGCUACGACACCAAAAACACUCGCCAGGACAACUCCAUCCUCAAGGUUACAAUUGGGAUGACGCUUCUUUCUGGGGAUCCCUGCUUUAAAACGCCUCCCAGCACAGCCAAAUCUGUUUCUGUUGGAGACGAGGACCCAAAUUUACAGCUGGACUGUAAGGGUGAGAGUACGGGUGCUAACAUGCAGCCACUUGGGGGCAUCACUGAGGGACCUUGGACCUUGAAGCCUAGACAGUCUUCAGUACAUAGUACAGGGCGUCCGAAUGAUGUCGAGCAUGUCGGGUCCAGCCCAGAUGACGUCUUCAGUUUUGGGCAUUUCCGCAGUUCCAGCUAUGCCAGUCAGAACAGCAAAGUAUCAGGUCCUCCUGUCCUGUCUCCUGUCCUUCACUCGUCUCCUGCUGUCUCUCCUCCAGGAUACAGCACGGGACACUCCCUCUCCUCCAGCCUGACUGACCUUAGCCACCAUCAGAGCACCUCCUCCAGCAGCAGCGCCUCGUGUAGCUUCGCUCCGUCCUCCCAUCCUCCUCCCCCCACCGAGCUGCAGCGGCGCGUCACUCCCACCAAACCGGAGCGCCCUCCUCUCCCGUCUGUCCUGAAGUCCAGCCGAUCCUCCAGUGAUGUGCGGCCAAACAGCAGGAGGAAGAAGGACCCGGUGCAGCGGGAGCCCAGCGGCGUGGAUGACACCCGCAUCAAUGCCGACGACAUCGUGGAGAAGAUUGUCCAGAGCCAGAACUUUUCUGACAGCAGCAACAAUGAAGACAGCAACCUGAGGCUGUUUGUCAGCAAAGACGGGACGACCGCCCUCAGCGGGGCGCAGCUCAGAAGCGGGGAGACUCCUGGUGUUUUUGAACCUGUGGUCAUCGAGACUCGCUGACAGAAACACCAACGCCCCCGAUCAAUGUGAUCAGUGCUCAAAGGUCCAACGCUCUAUGUGCGUAUUUGUCUUCCGUGUACAACACUGUGACAUAGGACUGUCAAACCGUACGUCUAAUAUUUGUACGUAGGUCGCGGGAUUGGUGCAGAACACUAAUUACUGUAUUUUGUCAAAGAGUGGGUGGGGUUUAAGUGACCCCCUGGCCACCGAGCUCAUAUUUUAUCCUGUUUUAGCAAAAAGCCUAUAUGUUUGUGUGCGCAUCUGUAAGUGCGGUCAGGAACUGGUUUGGAUCUUGACUGCUGACGCCUGUGUCAUUCUGCAGUCCGUUGUCCUACUGUUAGUGUGUGUGCUGCAGUAAGAUGUUACAUCCAUCCCCGUGGCCUCCAGACACCUGGAUUGUGCUCAGGAACAAGUGACUCUCGGCAGUUGACAGUCCACCACAAUUUGGGCUCACUCAAGCCACAUUUGAGGUUUGUUUGACCCAGAGUCUUCGUGGUGGGUGUCUAAGGGGGCUGCAGAGGGACGUCGUAUCCGCCUCCAGAGUUAACACGGACGCUGUAUCACUUCUGUGAUUCCUGUGAGGAUUUUAUUGUCAAACAUCUGCAUGAUGUCAUGAGUUCCAGUAACAGUAGACAGUUUAACAGUGAGACAGCGUGCUAAAGGCGAACCCGUCAGCUCACCAAUACCCUAAAUUCACCAAUGAAAUGUGAUAUUUCAAAGUACUUUACAGUAUAAAAGCACAUGUAAAAACCACAAAAGUAAGACUCUCCAGCCUGCUGGUGUUUUCUAUGAACAUAUGAUAAGCAGCACUCUGACACCAUAGGGCUCGAGUCGGUACGUAAGGCACAGCCUGUGCUGUAAAACCGUUCACUGUUUCAUUGGUGAGCUGCAAAACCUUGAAAUGUGCCCUCAUGUGAACACUGAAAGGAAAUGAACACCAGAGUAAUUUCCUAGUUCAUGUCAAAACAAUAGCAGCUGUGUUUAAGAUCACUUCUUAAAUUUCCCAGGUGGUAAGCCACAAAAUAAAACAUAAGAAUGUCACUUCUGAAGAGUAGGAAUCUGUGUCUGUUCGUCAGCCACAGACGGGAUCAGUCUAAUUACUGCAAUGUUCCAGAAGAGAAAACAGGAAUUUCUAGUUGUCUCUCUAAUAUGCAGGUCAAAAGACAAAACCUGGUCAGAAACACCAUAGUGCAGAAUAUUUACAGAGGAAUCGUGCAAAUGGUGAUAGAAGCACCAAAUUCAGCACAAAUACACCUUAAACAUUACUGUUUAGAAAAUAAAACAAUUGGCCAUUUGAAUUUUCAGUAGGUAGCCAGGUAGGGGUUAAUUGAAGAAAUACACAGGGGUCAAAAUUAAGAUGCUCCAAUCAUAAUGAAAACUACACCACAUUAUUUGUC